CCUUUUCGAAAAAUCACAUGGUCGGGUGAAAUUAUUGAACACUUUGCAGAGAAAAAUUGCUUCUUUUCGUCGAGAAAUAUCCGCAUUUUUGUCAAAAACCAACUCAGUAAGUAUUAUUAAUAUAUAAGCGAGCUAUUAUAUGCACUUAGUGUAUAAAAAAAGUAUUUAAUUCAUACUUUGUCGAGGAAUGGCAGAUUAUACCUCGCAAUUACAUUCGCUAAUUUCCUCUCAUAUCCCAUGCUCUAGGCUCCCAAACACCACUAACAAUAUACACCUACUAAUAAAAUAUUAACAAAUAUUAAUCUUUUUCAACUAAUUAUAAAGUUUGCAAAAACCUAUCUCUAACCGCUUAUUAGUACAACCCGAUAUCGAUAUCGAUAUCGAUAUUUCCAAUAAGGUGCUGACCUCUGUGAAAAUGCAAGUUUUCGCUGCUAAGCGUAACAAAUAUGGAGGAGGGUUGAUAACUCGCAAAAUUAAUCAACGUUCAAAAACUUUAGCAUUUAUUCAAACCUUAAUUGGUAAAAAUGGAUUCUGUCACUAAUAUUUAUUAAUAUUACUAUCUACACAGUUUGUUCACAUCACUCCAACAGUAUUUUUGACCACAAAGUUAUGCCUAGAAUAACAACAAAAAUUCGUGCUAAGUCUUCCGAAACCCUCCAAAAUGAUAGAUGGGCAACUUUAAGAUCCGCCUCUAAAGGAAAGAGUGCCGCUUUAGACGGCUUUGGCCGUUUAGAUGUUGGUAGUUCCAAACCGAGAACCGUAAAGUGUAACACUUUUGAAGAUAUUGCCAAUCUAAUUGCACGUGGUCAAGCUACAAAUAUCGUCGUGGUUAUUGGAGCGGGCGUCAGUACGGCUUCUGGAAUUCCUGAUUUUAGAUCACCUAAGACAGGACUUUAUUAUAAUUUGCAAAAAUUCAACAUCCCCUAUCCGGAAGCUAUAUUCGACAUGGACUAUUUUCGUACAAAUCCUAGACCUUUCUACACAUUAGCUAAAGAUCUUUAUCCGUCUGUUAAGCAUAAACCAAAUAGUGUUCAUUAUUUUAUUCGUUUGCUGCAUGAGAAACAUUUAUUGCAUCGUGUUUAUACACAAAAUAUCGAUGGCUUAGAAAAAUUAAGUGGAAUACCAAAUAGUAAACUCGUCGAAGCUCACGGUACAUUUGAGACAGCUAGCUGUACUCGUUGUAGAUCUCCCCAAUCUCCCGGAGAUGUCAAGGACAGUAUAUUUAGCAAUAAGAUUCCCAGAUGUUCCAAUCGCCGAUGCAACGGAUUAGUAAAGCCGGAUGUAGUGUUUUUUGGAGAGGACCUAACAAGCAAAUUCUAUUCGUAUGUGUCGGAUAUGAAAUUCGCAGAUUUGGUUCUUAUCAUGGGAACUUCGCUCCAGGUUGAACCAUUCUCGAAUAUUAUUGAUCGUGCCAAGUUUUUCGUGCCUAGAUGUCUUUUUAAUAAGAAAGCUGUUGGACCAUUUGCUAAAAAAGGACGCUUGAAUGAUGUAUUUGUUGGUGGUGACUUAAUUGAUACGGUUGCGCAGUUGGCUGCGAAACUUGAUUGGACAGACGAACUAAGCCGAAAUACGAUCCAGUGGGAAAGUGAAUUUGAAGACCGAUUACAGCAGUACGGAUUUAUGAAACGUAUUGCAGUUCGUCCGCGUCCGCCUAGAAGUAUACGUAGACUUCCUAAACCUCCACCUGAUACUCCAGAAACAACCACUUCGUCUGAAGCGGAAACCGAAAGCCAAAGUUCAAACUCUUCCGGAAGCACUCCGGUGUUGAGAAGUUCAAAACGGAGACAUGAUGUAAUAAUUAAAAAUAUUAUUGAUAAAUUUGAAAAAACGUCAAUAAAAUAGAUUAUAUGUGAAUAAAUUAUUAC